GUACUUCCGGCAUCUCGAGCGCUCUCUGGUCUCGCGAGAGUUGGAAGCGCUAUGUGACCUGGGUUAAGCGGAAGUCGGGCCUCUUUUUCGUGGCGCCUCUUAGGCAGGCAGCUGCCCCAAGAUGAAGCUGAAUAUCUCCUUCCCAGCCACUGGCUGCCAGAAACUCAUUGAAGUGGACGAUGAGCGCAAGCUCCGUACCUUCUAUGAGAAGCGGAUGGCCACCGAAGUUGCUGCUGAUGCUCUCGGCGAAGAGUGGAAGGGUUAUGUGGUCCGGAUCAGCGGUGGGAAUGACAAACAAGGUUUCCCCAUGAAGCAAGGUGUCUUGACCCAUGGAAGAGUGCGUCUGCUGUUGAGUAAGGGGCAUUCCUGUUACAGGCCAAGGAGAACUGGAGAGAGAAAGCGCAAAUCUGUUCGAGGAUGCAUUGUGGACGCCAAUCUAAGUGUUCUCAACUUGGUUAUUGUAAAGAAAGGAGAGAAGGAUAUUCCUGGACUAACAGAUACUACUGUACCUCGUCGGCUGGGACCCAAAAGAGCUAGCAGAAUCCGUAAACUUUUCAAUCUCUCUAAAGAAGAUGACGUCCGUCAAUAUGUUGUUAGAAAGCCCCUAAACAAAGAAGGUAAGAAGCCCAGGACCAAAGCACCCAAGAUCCAGCGUCUUGUAACCCCACGUGUCUUGCAACACAAACGUAGACGUAUCGCUCUGAAGAAACAACGCACCAAGAAGAACAAGGAGGAGGCUGCAGAAUAUGCUAAGCUUCUGGCCAAGAGGAUGAAGGAAGCCAAAGAAAAACGCCAGGAACAGAUUGCCAAGAGACGCAGGCUGUCCUCACUGAGAGCUUCCACUUCCAAGUCUGAAUCUAGUCAAAAAUAAGAAUCGUGAAGAGUGACAAAUAAAUGAUCAGACUUUGAA